GUGAGAACCACGUGCCUAUUUAAUUAUAAUGAAAUAAAAUUAUUUGUAGUUUAGAAAUGUUCAACAGAUACACAAGAGUUUAAAAGUGCAUAAUUAGUACCUACGCGAAGUAUUUAAAAAAGCUUAGAUUACAAGAAUGUCUUCAAAAAGUGCAUUGUGGAUUCAUGGAUUUCUUAUUUUAAAUGCCGUAGUAACGAUAGAUUCCUUGAGAACUUUGGAUGAAAACAAACAGCUAUUUUCACCGAACAAAAUACCUGAUAAUGCAUUAAGUCCGAAGCGUGCAAUCGUUAGACGAAAAAUAAUAUUAUACCACAACUUUUUGCGUUCUAAAGUUCGUCCCUCGGCUUCUAAUAUGCUUUUAAUGUCGUGGCAUGAAAGGGCGGCACGACAAGCUCAACGAUAUGCAGAGCAAUGCGUAUUCCUACAACACAACGAUCCUAGUGAAAAUACCGUGCCACGACUAGGUUCUUGUGGACAAAAUCUCUUCGUUGCUGCACAGAAAACUCCAUGGUUUUUCGCACUCAAGACUUGGUUCCUCGAGUACAAAAAUUUCACGUAUGGCGCUCCGGUUCAUAAUUUAAAAGCAGUUGGGCAUUAUACGCAAAUGGUAUGGGCCACAAGUCAUAAGUUGGGAUGUGGACUAGCCCAUUGUCCUGGUGGCCCUUGGGGACAUUUUUAUAAUUAUGUGUGCCACUAUUGUCCAGCAGGCAACAUCGACACCAUAACCCAGUAUCCUUAUAAGGUGGGUUCACCGUGCGGCGACUGUCCGCAUGACUGCGUUUCAGAUGAGCUCUGCGCCAACUCAUGUCCUCUUAAGGACUUUUACUCAAAUUGUGAUCAACUGGUGGGCUUCACAGAUAUCUGCGGACAAGGCUACUGCAAUGCGACGUGUGGAUGCGGUGAUACUAAAUUAUAUAAAAAUUAUCCUUGGUAGCCUGUUGGUUUGUCUUCUUUUGUA